UUUUUUUUUUCUCUUUUUCAACAAUUACAUAAAUUUUUUUUAUUAAACAAUAAAUAACAGUAAUAAAAAAAAAGGGAGAUAAUGUCGAAUAAUGCAUAUUUUAGGUCUACCCUUACAGAAGGAUCUACUUCACAGACUAAUCCUCAUCCUUUAAUAGCACCAUCAUCCAUUAAUACCACAGAAACUACAUUAGAUCACUUUUUAAACAUACCAAUUACAAAUUCAAAAGAUACACAAGAAACAAAAGAUAUAUCAUGCAUUCCUCCUACAUUUUUUGUUGGCGCACAAGAAAAUGAAGAUAAAAUCCCUCUUGUACCAGAAACUAGAAAUACUCGCUCACUUUCAAUUGGUUAUGGUAAUAGAAGACUCUCAGGGAUUUUAACAAAGCCAGUAGAUAAAGAAAAGAAGCCAGACACAGAAUCACCUGCAAAACGAAUUGUAUUAGGCUCUUCAGAUGCUAAACGUGGAAUAUUUGGUGAUGGCAAUGUUCAAAAGAAACGUAAAGUUUCAUUAACAGAUGAUGCAGUUCGACUUAAAUUAAAGACAAAGAUAGAUGAACUUCCAAAUUCAAGAACAAUAAGAAUUUUUGGAUAUCCUGUAAAUUUAGCAAAUAACGUUAUCCAUCAUUUUCUACAGUACGGUAAAAUUGAACACUAUGUUGAAUCACCUGGUAACUGGAUCAGUAUUACGUAUGAAAAAGAUUCAUCUGCAUUAGCUGCACUCAAAAGCAAUGGAACAAUUAUAUCUAAAAAUCAUCUGAUUGGAGUUAUAUUAGAGGAUACUACAGCUACACCCGAGACUCAUAAAGUUAUACCUGUAGAGGGUAGUAAAGGCGUCUUUAAAGCAGCAUUUAAUAUUCAACCAAGUAAACCAAUUGAACUUGGAAGUGGAAGAGCUGGUAUAAGCGCAAGGGAUCCUAGUGAGUCAUCAGAUAGUUACUCAAUUAACGGUGGUAUACUUUCAUAUUUUAAGGAACUCAUCUCUGGCUGGUGAAAGCUUUCCUUUUCUGUUUAUAUAAUUAAAAUGAUCUAUAUUUUUUAAAUUUUUUUUAUCCAAUUAUAUUUGAGUUAUUCUAUUGUGCCAUUAUUUUAACCUUUUUUUAUAUUAUUUUAUUCUAACUAUUCUUCUUUUUUUUAACAUCAAUAUAACGUUAUCCAAUAAAGU